AUGGAGAAUGAGCACUGGGAAAUCGUUAUGGGUAAAUGGAUUGAGGAGAACUUGUUGAGGAAGAAAAGUUUUUGGGAAGUUAAGAGUAAAACGCAAACUGGAUCGUGGAUGUGGAGAAAGUUGUUGAAGCUAAGAGACAUUGCAAAGACUUUUUACAUGAAAGAGAUUGGUAAUGGUCAUCAUACAUCUUUUUGGUAUGAUAAGUGGUCAGAUAGAGGAGUUCUAAUUGAUAUACUGGGGGGGAGAGGUAUCAUAGACAUGAGUAUUGGUCGAGCAGCCACUAUUAAGGAAGCAAGUCUGAGUAGAAGAAGGAAAAGAAGGCAUCGUACUGAGUUGUUAAAUGACAUUGAAGCCGAGUUAAAUGAGGUGGGGAAUCGUUUAUGUAUUGAGAAGGAAGAUGUUAGUUUAUGGAGAAGAGAAUCAGGUUAUAAGCAAGAAUUCUCGACUCAUGAGACUUGGAGUAGUUUGAGAGUGACCAAGACGCCUUGUUAUCUACUAUGGAUAGAGUCGCAAGAUGGAGCCAAGGUGUGGACACAACAUGUGUCUUCUAUAUGGGAAUCUCUUGUGAAAGGGAUAUUGAAGGAGACGUAUACAAAUGAGUGGAAUGCCACUGUGAACUUGAUAUCUGAUGAGAAGAUGGAAAGGAAGAGAUUAUUUUGUAUCAGAUACGCAUUUCAAAUAGCAUUGUAUACUCUUUGGAGAGAGAGAAAUAAGGUGCGUCAUGAGGAGAAGAUCUUGCCGAUAGAAGUGCUGAAGAAAUUGGUUGAUAAAAGGGGCUUUGAGGUGGUGAACAAACGUUAUAUGACCAAGGUUUUGAUGAUGAAGAUUCACAAUCAGGAAGUGGAUUCAGGACAAAACUAA